UUCCUUUCGACAUCCGCAACUGGGAACUUGUGUUGAGGCGGAACUCUGUGCUCCUGCACCGGACGCUACUGUGUGGUAACAUUGAAAUAUGGCAGGAUUUGUAAAGGCAAUUGGUAAUUACCUGUGUGGUUCCAAGUCUCACACUCUCAGAUCCUUCAGGUCUUUUAGUACAACUUUCAAGGCAUCUGAUCUGGUGGUAGAGAAAUGUUGCAGGCCUAAUCCUAAACCAGAUGUUAAGUCUUUGGUUUUUGGGAAGUAUUUUUCUGACCAUAUGCUGGUUGUGAGAUGGAACACAGAGAAAGGAUGGACACGUCCUGAAAUUAAGCCCUUCCAGAACCUGUCGCUGCAUCCAGCCUGUUCAGCUCUGCAUUACUCCUUGGAGCUUUUUGAAGGAAUGAAGGCUUUUCGUGGGGUUGACAACAGAAUACGUCUCUUCAGGCCCAUGCUGAAUAUGCAAAGAAUGUUCCGUUCUGCUCAGCGGUGCUGCUUGCCUCUCUUUGACAAGGAGGAGCUACUUGAAUGCAUCAGAAAGCUAGUGGAAAUUGACCAGGAUUGGGUACCACACUCUACUGAAGCCAGCCUCUAUAUCCGACCCACUUUGAUUGGAACAGAGCCUUCUCUUGGAGUUGCUAAGCCCAACCAUGCCCUCCUUUAUGUUAUCAUAGGACCAGUCGGACCUUACUUUACUACAGGGGCAUUUAAUCCUGUUUCUCUUCUUGCUGACCCACGAUUUGUUAGAGCCUGGAAGGGUGGAGUUGGAGACUGCAAAAUGGGCGGGAACUAUGGUCCCACCAUCUACGUGCAAAAUGAGGCUGCACGGCUUGGCUGUCAGCAGGCUCUGUGGCUUUAUGGGCCAGACCAUGAAAUCACUGAGGUUGGCACAAUGAACAUUUUCAUCUACUGGAAGAACACUAAUGGAGAUAUGGAGCUUGUAACACCUCCACUGGAUGGAAUUAUUCUUCCAGGAGUAACCAGACAGAGCUUGUUGGAUCUUGCCCGAAGUUGGGGGGAAUUUUCUGUCCAGGAACGUAAAGUGACCAUGUCAGAAUUCUUGACUGCGCUCAAAAAUGGAUAUGUUAAGGAGGUUUUUGGGUCUGGUACUGCAUGUGUGGUGUGUCCUGUUGGAAGAAUACUAUAUGAAGGAGAGAACUAUCAUAUUCCCACAAUGGAGAAUGGUCCAGAGCUUGCUAAAAGAUUCUUGAAAGAACUAACUGACAUACAGUAUGGACGUACACAUGAUGAAUGGACGCAUCUUGUCAUCUGACUGCCUUCUUUGAAUGCCCCCAGUUACCAUUUGGACAUUUCCUUCAUCAGCUUAAUGAUUACUGCUUGUUUUUAGUUCUUGCUAGAUUUUUUUAAUAGUUUGUGUGCAAGUGUUUUCAAGAAGUUUGUGCAGAUAGUGUUAAUAUGUAGACAAUGAUUUCUUUGUUCAACGUUCAGUUAUAUGAUUUCCUAAUAUACAUGUUCCGUAUAAAUACAUAUACAUAUGUAUGUACUGUACAUAUUUUGUGACUGUUGCGAAAAAGUCAAUUCAUUUUGUUCUGUGUUUCCCAUAUCAACAGUCUAAUAAGAAUGGCUUGUUCUUAAAAAAAAAAACACAACUAAAGACAUCCUGCAACAUUGGCAUAACUGUGCAUUUAAUGUUUGAACUAAUGAAUUCCCUGUUGCUGUGAACAAAUAAGCAAGAUUUUUUAACUAUGAAGCACCUUUUUUAACUAUGGUUAUUUACACCAGUGAUAUGUAUUUUUGCUGCUGUAUUUAGAUUUUGAUGCCUUCUCUUUCAUUUUUGUGUUUUUGCUGCAAUGGAUAUAAACAUAAUGCAUGGGUUACAUGCAUUGGUGGAGUGACUGUUACUAUGCAAAUCAACAUAAGUAUAAACUGCAAUAUAAAAUCAUUCACCCAUCUUUUCAGUAUAAAUUUGAUUUUUUCAGUGAAACAGUAUUUUGAUUUCUUUAAAAAUAAGGUCAAGCAUAUUGUAGGUGAGGUUGAAUAAAAAGUACUAUGAGUCCAUCUAGUCAGUCCUAGUUGUCUUUGUUACAAGGAAGAAAAAACAAACUUUAAUCAUUUGCCAUUUUGAAAAAGUAUCCUUUAAACAAUGUUCUAUUAAUAAAAAAAUAUGCUUAUUUUCUUCUGUCCAAGUAAAUACAUCCUACCUUGUUGACUGUUGGCAUUUUCCUAAAAUUACUGGAUUGUAUAUUAAAGAAAAUGACCAAAUAUUCAGUCUUUUAUUUUCUUCUUUUCAUUUUGUUCUUUGGAUCCUGGGCAUUUGUGAUCUAAUAAAGACAACUACUACUUGUUAU